GGCAGACGUUAGAUUAGUUCACAGCAAGCAACAACGCAGCUUCGCAACAAUUCAUCUACACUCACGUCGAGUUUGCAGGCUGCAGCGCUUAAGAUGCGUCUCUUCGUUUCGGUCGUGUGGGUGGCGGUGGUGUGCACAGCUGAACCAAGCAUGCCGAGAUCAUCAAAUGUUCAGUGUCUCGGGAAACUGGUGGUGGACCUGCUGACAGAAAUUCGCGAUUCGUUCGGAUGCCAUGCAGUAACAAGAUGCCCCCCCAAUUUCGAAGACGUUGACGGAACCUGCCUCUACCUUGACAAAGCUCGGCAGAGCUCCUGGGUCGCCGCACGCCACGUUUGCUUUAAUUUGGGAGGAGACUUGGCCGUGUUUCCCGAUGCUAAUGCUUUCGCCUCCGCUCUACGGUACAUAAAUAGCGUCGUGAAUGAGGACGCAGAUGAGGUUCCUUACAUCUACGUAGGAGGGUCGGACGAGGAAGACGAAGGGGUGUGGAGGUGGCACACGGGGCAGCUCAUGCCCGUCGGCGCUCCCUUCUGGGGCUCCUCAAAAAUGCCGGGAAAAUCCAAACAGCCAGACGGGGAUCGACUUCAAAACUGCGCAGCGCUUAACAAAGGAGACCAGUAUUACAUGCACGAUGGAGAAUGUGACUUGCUUGCCGCGUCACUCUGCCAGAUUUAGUCAGUGGGAAAGAUGAGAAAAUGAUUCGGGGGGGGAGGAUGUUACCUGAAUGUAACUGGCUG